AGGUGGGCGGGGCCUCGCGGGCGGGUACAUAAGGCGCGAGGCGGGGGCGCCCUUGCGCAGUUCGCACUUGGCCGUGGAAGGGCGUGUUCGUGCUUCGUCUGAAAGAGCAGGCCAGGGAAGCGAAGGGAAGGACGCAGCGGAGGAGAGAUGGCAUCGGACGAGGGGAAGCUCUUUGUGGGCGGGCUCAGUUUUGACACCAACGAGCAGUCCCUGGAGCAGGUGUUCUCCAAGUACGGGCAGAUCUCGGAAGUUGUUGUGGUCAAAGACAGAGAAACGCAGAGGUCCAGAGGGUUCGGCUUUGUGACCUUCGAGAACAUAGACGACGCGAAAGACGCCAUGAUGGCCAUGAACGGGAAGUCUGUGGACGGGCGGCAGAUCCGUGUGGACCAAGCGGGGAAGUCCUCGGACAACCGCUCCCGCGGAUACAGAGGGGGCUCUGCUGGAGGCCGGGGCUUCUUCCGCGGAGGACGCAGCCGGGGCCGGGGCUUCUCCAGAGGUGGUGGCGGUGGAGACCGCGGCUAUGGCGGAGGCAGCAGCAGGUUUGAGUCCAGAAGCAGCGGGUACAGUGGCUCCAGAGACUACUAUGGCAGCAGCAGGAGCCAAGGCAGCUACAGCGACAGACCUUCCGGCGGCUCCUACAGAGACAGCUACGACAGUUAUGCUGCGCACAACGAGUAAAACACACUUCCUGGCUCGCUCAAGGAUCGUCCUUCCAAUGGCCGUAUUUAUAAAGAUUUUGGGAGCUUCGCUGAAAACAAAACACGUUUCUUGUGUAGUCAUCUCCUUUGUAUUCUCACUUUUUUGUAGUAAAAAGUCGCAGUUCUGACCUUGUUUUAGAGAAAGAAAGAAAAAAAGAUAAACACAGCCUGACAGCUUCUUAAAUAUGUAAACGGUCUGUUUGGACUCAGAUGAAAGUUGUGGGGGUUUUUUUUUCCAUCUCUCUCUCUGGAGUGUUUUAAACAUUUUUAGAGCACUUGAGGUUUUUAGUUCCUUUGUGAGCUCAGUGCUGGGGUUUACAGGAAGGUCUUAAGGCCCUGUUUUUUCUAUUUUGAGUAAGAAAAGGAGUGUAACUCCUCCGUAGAAGAAGCUGAGCAAGCUGUGGACUCGGUCUUUCUGUUAGUGCAUCCGUUUUGUAACCCAACCUUUAGUGUAGUAAGGCCUUAACCGCCUGGGUUUUCAAUUCUGAAAGGCCAACCCACCUUGAUAUAUCUAAAGAGAUGUUUGCUUUGUAUGUUUGACUUGCAUAAAAGAGACUUUUGACUUGUUAUGUCAUUACCAACGUAACCCAGAGGGGAAAAAAACUGCAAAUCUUUUAACCGUGCAAAGAGAGAGGUUCUUGGAGAGAGAGAAAAACAAUAUGUUUGUUUCUAUUGUCCUUUUUUUUAACUUGGAAAGAAAGUAUGCCUAUUGAUGCAAUUGAUGUUGUAAUUUUGAAGUGGUGACAAACAGGAUAUACCUUGUACAGUUUUCCUUUGGCUUCACGAAGCCUAUUAAAAGUCCAUCUGAAAACAAA